UCCUGGACUGCCUGAACGCACGCAUGUGUUCUUGGCUAUAGAGUAGGGUGGGCAUGCAAAGAGCCUUGUUGCAUGCAGUUGCAGUUGCAGUUUCAGUCUUUCCGAGACAAGAUGGGGCUGCAGUUUCAAUCUUUCAGUCACGUGGUGUCCUUCCUCCUCGGCGCGGCGCUGCCCACUGCCCUCCUCUUCUUCCUCGCGUCCGACCGGCUCGGCGAGGGCUUGUGCAGCAUCUCGAGCAGCUGGGGGAACGGGACCGCGCAGCCGGCUGGCCCGGCCCGGCAGGCAGCUAAGGCUCUUACCGGAGACGGCGCUAAAGAGGCGGGAUUCGGUGGCCUAGCUGAGCUGCUGCCGAAAGUAGCCAUGGAGGACAGGACAGUGAUAAUCACAUCGGUGAACGAAGCAUGGGCUCAACCUAACUCCCUGCUCGACCUCUACCUCGACGGCCUCAAGAACGGCGAGGACACAGCGCACCUCCUCAACCACCUCCUCGUGGUCGCCCUCGACGCCCGCGGGUUCGACCGCUGCAAGGCCGUGCACCCUCACUGCUACCUCCUCGAGGUGACAUCCGUGGACAUGAGCUCGGCCAAGCCGUUCAUGAGCAAGGACUACAUGGAGCUGGUCUGGACCAAGCUCACCUUCCAGCAGCGUGUCCUGGAGCUCGGCUACAAUUUCCUCUUCACGGAUUGUGACAUGAUAUGGUUUCGCAACCCAUUCCGGCGCAUCGCCGUGUAUCCCGACAUGAGCUGCUCGUUGGACAACUUCGACCCCUUGCGUGCUCCCUUGGACAACCCGCUCAACACCGGGCUCUACUACAUGAAGUCGACGAACCGGACCAUCGAGAUGAUCGAGUACUGGCGGGCUGCGAGGGCGAGGUUCCCGGGCCAUCACGACCAGGCGGUGUUCUUCUGGAUUAGGCACGAGCUCGUCAGCAAGCUCCAGGUCAAGAUCGAGCCGCUAGACACGGUGUACUUCGGCGGGUUCUGUCAGCACCACGACGACCCUGAGGAGGUCUGCACCAUGCACGCGAAUUGCUGCAUCGGCCUGGAGAACAAGGUGCAUGACCUCAGGGAUAUCGCCGCGGACUGGAAGAACUACACAAGCCUGACGCCGGAGGAUAGGAAGAAGGGUGGUUUCAGGUGGACGUACCCGAUUAGGUGCCGGAAGUCCAUGGGGUGACGUACACCUUGAGAUGCAUAAGAGAGUUGGAAUCUCAAGUGGGCGGCAUUUCGAUUGUUGUAUGCAUGCAUGCACUUGUAAGCGAUAGUGUAGAUCUUUUCUUUUUUUCAACUAUUAACGUAGUAAUUUCUAGCCCAAAACUAGGAGGCUCCUUUAUUUGGCCAUUUAAUAAGUAAAUAGAUCUGAAAGGUGAAUAAUGCUGCAUUA